AUGCAGCAAAGUACAGGGAAUCCUCAAGGCUGCCCACAUGAUCCAUCUCUCCCGAAUCAGCUUCACAAAUCUCCAUUGACUAAGAGGAAUCUGUCGAUGGCCGUCGAAGCUGAGCGAGCAGCCAAUGAUCAGUAUAAAACAGGGGCGAUGGCAGCCAUGGAGCUUGCACAUCCAGUUAAUUCAAUUUCAAUGGCGUUAGCUUGCUUGUUCGUUUUCGUCUCCCUCUUCUUCUCCUGCUCCUCCUCCGCCAGCACCUACCUUGGCCACCACUGCAGCCACCGGCGCCGCCCCCACCGACAGCCGUCCGCCAACGUCAGCUUCGCUCUCGAUGACCUCGUCGCCAAGGCCUCCGCCGGCGGCUUCGCCACCGGAAGCUACUGCAACGGCUCCGGCGGCGGCGACGCCGUCUACGGCCUCGCGCAAUGCCGCGGGGACGUCGGGUGGGAGGACUGCGCGACUUGCCUGUUGGACGCGGCGGGGGUGCUGCGCGCCCACUGCGCCGACCUCGCCGACGCCAUGGUCGGGUUCGACUACUGCGUCAUGCGCUUCGACGACCGAGACUUCAUCGGCGAGGGCGACACCCAACUGUACGUGCUGUACCCGAACCCGCAGUUCGCGGAGGAGCCGGAGCCGUUCGACAGGGCGGUGGGGGAGGUGAUGCGUGGGGUGAGAGCGCAGGCGGCGGCGCCUGGGAGUGGGGAACUGGGGAGGGGGAAGGUGGAUGUGGGGGCGAAGACGGGGAAAGACGAAGAGGUGGAGGUGUACGGGCUGGCGCAGUGCACGCGAGACCUCCAGCCGCUGACGUGCGCUCGGUGCCUGGCGGCGGCGGAGGAGAAGCUCCGGGAAGGGUGCCGCUACAGGAAGGGGUGCCAGGUGGUGUUAGGGAGCUGCAUUGCGAGGUACGAGACGUACCCGUUCUUCUUCCCGCUGACCGGCGACGAAGCUGCUCGAGAAUAUUCCAAGGCCAUGAUGCAUCCAUGA